AUGGAGUCCUCGAUCAAUCAAAUACCUCUUCAAGACACAAAAGCUCAAACACCCAGAUCAAGAUUUCCAUCAAAUGUAGUCCGCAAAGUGAGAGACAACCUAGUCUUUCGGUCCAAAUGGGCAGAACUUAAUGGUUCCAUGGGGGAUUUAGGUACGUACGUACCAAUAGUAUUAGCCUUAACAUUAUCUGUUGACCUUGAUUUAGGGACAACAUUAAUAUUCACUGGCAUGUACAAUAUUGUUACUGGGGCAAUCUAUGGUGUGCCAAUGCCAGUCCAGCCAAUGAAAUCAAUAGCAGCUGUGGCUAUAUCAAAUAGUGCAGAAUUUGGUGUGCCCGAAAUUAUGGCAGCAGGAAUAUGUACUGGUGGGAUUUUGUUACUUCUAGGAGUCACAGGUUUGAUGCAGCUUGUUUACAAGUUAAUUCCACUACCUGUUGUUAGGGGAAUUCAGCUUUCACAAGGGUUAUCGUUUGCCAUGACUGCAGUUAAGUAUAUUAAGAAAGUGCAAAAUUUUGCUAAGUCAAAGUCUGGUGGGAAUAGGCAUUUGUUGGGCUUGGAUGGUUUGGUUUUGGCUAUUGCUUGUGCUUGUUUUAUUAUCGUUGUUAAUGGUGCUGGUGAGGAGGGUAAUGAAAGAGAGGGGGAUGACAUUAAUUUGAGUGGUAGCGAAAGGCCUAGGAGGAAGGGACUAAGGCAGAUUAUAGCCUCACUUCCUUCUGCUUUUAUGGUUUUUUUGUUGGGUGUGAUUUUGGCAUUUAUAAGGCGGCCUGGAGUGGUGCAUGAUUUUAAAUUUGGGCCAUCUUCUAUUGAAGUUGUGAAAAUUUCUAAGCACGCUUGGAAGGAAGGGUUUAUCAAGGGUACAAUUCCUCAGCUCCCUUUAUCAGUACUAAAUUCUGUUAUUGCCGUCUGCAAGUUAUCAUCUGAUCUGUUUCCGGGAAAGGAUUUUUCGGCCUCCUCGGUUUCAGUGUCUGUAGGACUGAUGAACAUAAUGGGAUGCUGGUUCGGUGCCAUGCCAUGUUGCCAUGGUGCAGGUGGACUAGCGGGGCAAUACAAGUUUGGUGGUAGGAGUGGAGGGUGCGUGGCACUGCUUGGGGCAGCAAAAAUGCUACUGGGUUUGGUUUUAGGUAGUUCUUUAGUCAUAGUUUUAAACCAAUUUCCUGUUGGGGUCUUAGGGGUGUUACUAUUAUUUGCUGGAAUUGAGUUGGCUUUGGCUUCAAGAGACAUGAACACAAAGGAGGAAUCCUUUGUGAUGCUUAUGUGCACUGCGGUUUCUCUUGUGGGUUCAAGUGCAGCACUUGGCUUUGUCUGUGGAAUUGUCGUGCAUGUGCUUCUUAAAUUGAGAAAUUGGCAUAAAGAUCAGCCAUGUUCUACUGUAUAG